GUCGUACUGCCCGUCAGGGUGCCAACCUAACCACUACCACUACCUUGCUUAAAACUUUGGAUUCUCUCGAAAUGUCAAUUUCGGUUACUCCGCAGAAGCAGAUUUCUCAAUUGGAGCGCGUUGGCGCUCAUUCUCAUAUCAAGGGUAUCGGCUUGGAUGAGAAUUUGGAAGCAAAACAGAGCAAUGAGGGCAUGGUCGGCCAACUCAAAGCUAGAAGAGCCAUCGGUGUAAUUUUACGAAUGAUCCAAGCAGGAAAGAUUGCCGGACGUGCUAUCCUUAUGUCGGGUCCUCCUUCUACUGGUAAAACUGCUAUUGCUAUGGGAUUGGCUCAGAGCCUGGGCAAUGAUACUCCAUUCGUUUCCAUUUCCGCUAGUGAGGUGUUCUCGUUGGAGGUAUCAAAAACAGAAGCACUUUUGCAAGCGCUUCGCAAGAGUAUUGGUGUUCGUAUAAAAGAGGACACUGAAAUCAUUGAAGGUGAGGUUGUGGAAAUUCAAAUAGACCGCUCCAUUACCGGCGGAAACAAGCAAGGCAAACUUACUAUCCGUACUACUGAUAUGGAGACUGUUUAUGACUUGGGAAACAAAAUGAUCGACUCUUUGACGAAAGAAAAGGUCUUGGCUGGCGACGUCAUUAGCAUCGACAAGUCUACUGGACGUAUCACUAAACUUGGCCGUUCAUUUACGCGUGCUCGCGACUACGACGCCAUGGGAGCAGACACUCGCUUCGUGCAAUGUCCACAAGGCGAGCUUCAAAAGCGAAAGGAAGUCGUGCACACCGUCUCUUUGCACGAUAUUGAUGUAAUUAAUUCUCGUACUCAAGGUUUCCUUGCUCUUUUCGCUGGUGAUACCGGUGAAAUUAAGCAAGAGGUUCGUGAGCAAAUCAACACAAAAGUGGCCGAAUGGCGUGAAGAGGGAAAAGCUGAAAUUUGUCCUGGCGUCUUGUUCAUUGACGAGGUACACAUGCUCGAUAUUGAGUCAUUUUCAUUCUUAAAUCGUGCGUUGGAGGAUGAGCUUGCUCCCAUUGUCAUUAUGGCUUCCAACCGUGGAGUUACACGCAUUCGUGGCACCAACUACAAGGCUCCUCAUGGUAUUCCGCUCGAUCUUUUGGAUCGUAUGCUUAUUGUCUCUACACAACCAUACACAAACGAGGAAGUUCAAGAAAUUUUGCGCAUUCGUUGCCAAGAAGAAGACAUUGACAUGGAAGACACUGCAUUAAAGCGGCUUUCCGACAUCGCUCAGGAAACCAGUCUCCGUUACGCCCUGCUACUUAUAUCUACCUCUAACGAAGUUGCUCUGAAACGCAAGAGCGCUGUUGUUCAAGUACAGGACAUAGAGCGUGUGUACAACCUCUUCCUUGACCAAAAACGGAGCGUCCAAUUCUUGGAGGAAUUCGAAAAAGACUACAUUGACGAGUCUGGCUGGACCGACAAAAACACGGAUGUUGACAUGGGCGGCAAUUAAAAAAAUAACGAGCUUUUUAUUCAAUUUUUGUACAGAUUUAUAAGAGACAUUUAAAG